CAGUUUCGAAUUUCGUUUUCGCUUACUGGUGGUGGUUUUAAAGAGGAUAUAGUCAUCGUAACGAAUUGUGGAUUUUUUUUUUUUUUUUUUUCUGGUGAAGUCGGUUGUUGGUGAGUUGGCCAGCGAUUGCCAAGCGAGAAUGUAAUCUUUCAAUGAGACACUUGUUUGUGUUGGCCCUGCCGAAAGACCCUGUUAAAAUUCCUUCCAUCCAUUGUGGCCCUGGAUAAUUUUAAUGGAAUUACGCUGUUGUCUCAACUGUCAACACUAUGUUCAUAGAAAAGAGAAUGUCAAAAAAUUGUGAUACACUCAAUAAUCAUGGAAUUAAAGGUUUGGGUUGAUGGCAUACAAAGGGUAGUAUGUGGAGUUACUGAAGCCUCUACGUGCCAAGAUGUCGUUUAUGCCUUGGCACAUGCCACUGGCCAAACUGGCCGCUUUACUCUGGUGGAAAAAUGGAGAAAUAGUGAAAGACUCUUAGCGCCCCAAGAACAACCUCUAAAAGUGCUCACAAAAUGGGGUGAAUACGCCAACGAUGUGCAUUUUGUUAUGAGAAGAUCAUCCGGUGAUGCUAAAGUGUCAUCUGGUAAUAAUCAAUCUCAAAACAAUAAUAAACGGCAGCAUGAUUUUCUUAGGGGCUUUUCUCCUAGUGGCAGCAAUAAACAGAAAAUCCCACUGAACAACAAAGAAAUUAAAAAAUCUCUGACGUUCAGCUGUGGGCAUGGUAGCAGUGGCAGUGUGAGCAGCGAAAACUCCACACCGCCCAUUAUCAAUGAAUGUUCCCAGCCCAACUGCGAGACCUCAGCGAACCGGAACAUCAAAAAUCGAGAGGGGCGGUCGAAGCAAGACCUCCCCAAAGGUGUUGUCCGAGGGGUCCCACAGAGACCCAGAGACAGUGAAAGCCCCAGUUCGAAAAUCGAAAGGCCGAAAUAUCCACCGUCUUAUGACGAAGCAGUAUCGCGCUCGAGUGGUCGUUUCCCGACUAGUCAUCUAUCAUUAGCUAAUUCUGCGUCUUCUCAUGUCGUACCAGAUGAAGAAUCUCCUUCUAGCAAACGACCUCAUCUUGCCAAUCGCACCGAUCAAUACUCGCCCAUGGAUCGAGGUCCUUCAUCAAGUCAGCCUCAGAAUCAUCUUCGCCAACCAAAUAGUCAUAAAAACCAUUUAAUUACGGACCAAAUACGAGAUUUCCAUGCCAGGAGCCCUGAUCCGCCAUCGAUUUCCAGCAGCGAGCGAUUGUCUCCUAGCAGAGCCAAAUCUCCUAGCCGGUCUCCAGAGAAACCUUCUCAGUUAUCAUACACCAACAUAUCGGAUGAUUCGAUGAAACUUAAGAAAACUUUGUCUGCCAAAUUAGAAAUAGACAAGCACUUAACCAGUGAAAAUAAGACGACUCUUUCUCCGAAGAGCUCUCAGCCCGAAGAUCUCUCCCGUGAUCCUCAGUAUCAAGACUUACUGCGUUUGGUGUCUUUGCAGCGAGAAAAAUUGGAUAAUCAGCAGGCUGAAUUGUCACAAUUUGAUGCAGAAAUCCUUUAUUGGGAAGGAAGACUUCAAGAACAGGAAGAAAAGCUGAGUGUUUUACAAGAAGAAGUAUGCCAUUUAGAACGCACUCAUCACGAACAAGAAGGUGAACUUAUUCAACUUGAUCGCCGAUCUUUCAGCGAAGAAGUUGAACUUGGUCGCCAGGAAGAGCGCACACUAAGGUCUGAGCUCACUUUGGCCCGUUCUCAGCUGGCCAAUUGCGAGACAGAGCUUCUGCAAUGCAGGCAAAGAAUCAGAUUGCUUCUAGAAGAAAUUGCUGAGGAAAAACGUUUGAAAUCUAUUCGAGAAGAACAAGAAAGAAAAGAACAGGAGGAACAAGAACGACAGCUUCAAACGCAAGUUGAGUGCCUUCAGCAGCAAUUAAAAGAAAAAGUGAUAGAAGCUGAAUCACAGAAGGCUGCAUCAGAACAAGCGAAAGAAGAACUUCAAGAUUUAGAUGUGAAACUUGCCGAAAAGCAAAAAGAAAUUGAAGUACUAAUGGCAGACAUUCGAGAAGCAAAUCUUCGUUCUCUCUCCCUAAUACCAUCAGAAGAAGGAAAAUUAGUUUUAGAAGGUAACUUUUAUAAUAGACCUGGUAGCACUCGCAAAAUCAUAGGUUCUCCUAGGCAAUUAGAAAAUGCUGUGCCUACAAAUAAAAAUCCUCAUGGUGUAUGGGUUUAGUCAUUUUUGUCAAACAAAAAUAGCUUUUCCAAGAUUGACUUGAUGGAUGAUAAAAAUACUCAUGUUACUAAUACUAUUCAAAUGUGAUGAAGAGAUUACAAAUUUUAAGAUCUAUAUUUAAAGAAUACAUAAAUUUUAAGAUUUAUUAAUUUUUUUGCUUCUUGAAUUUCCAGUGCUUUAGGUGAUAGUAUAAGGCACGCUACAAGUCAAAAGAAUGUUAUGCUGUAAUAUAAUAUUCUUUUAUUGAAAUGUUGAAGUGUAAGUGAAACUAGAAUUCAGUUUGAAAAUUUGUAUAAAUAUAGUCUAAAGUACGUUUCGCAAGAAUGUGUUAGUUUAUGCUCACUUAUAUAUAUCUGUUUACAUUAAGUACCAUAAUUAAGAAUUGCAUAUAUUAAAUGCAUUUUAGAAUUCUUAUUAGUGUAAAUAUUGUUUGUGAUUGUGUUCUGUUUAGUAAAAGCAAUGUGCCAUUGCUUAAAUAAUGUAUGUAUUUAAAACUGCCAGUGUUGAGUGUUUCUAAGCCUUCUAUACUUAAAAUGCCAUGAAGGUAUUCUUCGUUAAUUUUAAAAUAUACUCAGCAUUUUUGUUUUGAAAAAUAUCAAAACUGAUUCCUACUGAAUAAUAUUGAAUAUUUUUUUAUUGAAGGAGACGAAUUAUAAAUUCACUUAUUUUUUAACUUGAACCUUUUCAGAUUUUACAAAUUUUCUAAUUUAAUACUUUUAUAAAUGUGAUAAGUUUCUUUUUAUUUGAAAUUUUGCGAAAAAUAUAUUUUAAGCGUGUGAAGAUUUUGCUUUAUAACGUAAUGGUAACUUUUCUUAUUGUGUUUUUUCUUUGACUUUUUUUUUUAAAUCAAUUUUUAGUUUUGAUGCAAUAGAAGGAAUGUAAUGAUCAAAAAACAAAUUUUGUAUUUAAAUUUUUUUUAUUUGUGACUUUUAUUUGUUAAUGCAUUAAAAGAACUC